CUUUCUUCCUCCCCGUGCCACUAGCAGCAACAGCUGUCGUCUUUCCCUUCCCACCCCGACAACCAUUUACCUCCUCUCCCAUCAUCUCCCUCCGCCACCCAUCUACACACCUUCCCACCACAUCCUCCUUCAGCCCUCUCCUCUUCCAUCAGCCCCUGCUCUCCACUCCUCACCAUUUUAACAUUUUUCUCUCCUUCUGAGCCACGAGUUGCUACCUCUACCGGCGAGCUCGAAAAUGAUGGUGGCAGAUUCGGAGAGGAGAACCACGAUUCUGGACCGUUCGAGAGAAAGAGGAGAGGAUCGAUGUUCAAGUGAUUGUGUUCUGUGCCGCCGAUCGUGCGAAGAUCCUUGCGGCGGCGAAAUGGUGACAGUGUGACACUUAAAGUUUCUCUCUGGCUGCCGACAAGCCACCAGCAUGGGAAUGGUUAGUUUCUGGGAGGGGUAAAAUUGGAAUAUCACAAAAAUGGAGAGGACACGGUGGGAAAAAGAAUUUCAUUUAACUUCCUGUUCUUGUCUCUCCCUCUCACUCUCAGUCCCUCAACCCCCAAGCGACCCUCUGAAAUCUCAGCUGAACCCUCUCAAACAAAACCCUACUUCUUUCUCCAAAGAUUCAUAUAUAUCAUUAGCAAUUUAGCAUUUCGUAUGAGGAAUAUGCAGCCUCAUCAUCCUCUUGUGGUAAAAGGUGUGAAAUUGGAGCAUGAAGAUGCAGAAGUAGUAAUCAUUGGGGGCAUGGUGUUGGACAUUCAUGCCACACCUUCAAUCGCUGCUAAACCAGGAACCACAACUCCUGGCAAGGUCUAUUAUGUCCAAGGAGGUGUAGCAAGGAAUGUAGCAGAGUGCAUGUCAAAGCUAGGAGCAAAGCCAUACAUGAUUAGUGCUCUCGGGUUUGACAUGGCUGGAAAUCUGCUAUUGGAAAAGUGGAAAUCAACUGGCCUAUCUAUAGAGGGUAUUUUGAAGGAUAAAGUUAUUGACACUCCAGUUGUGUGCAAUAUAUUUGAUGUUAAUGGUGAGGUGGCAGCUGGUGUUGCUAGUGUGCAAGCAAUUGAAAAAUAUCUUACACCUGACUGGAUUUUACACUUCAAGAGCACUUUACUUUCUGCUCCGGUAUUAAUGGUUGAUGCAAAUCUGAGUCCUCCUUCUCUAGAAGCUUCUUGUAAAUUGGCGGCUGAUGCAGAGUGUCCUGUCUGGUUUGAGCCAGUAUCAGUUACUAAAUCCCGAAGAAUAAGUUCUGUUGCCGAGUAUGUAACAUUUGCUUCUCCAAAUGAAGUUGAACUUAUUGCGAUGGCAAAUGCUUUAUCUGGGAGCGAAGAGUCCCAUCCGCUCAAAGAAUAUCAUAAGGAAAAUAACCAGUCACCAGCAUCGUCGUUUCAAAUUCUGAAACCAGCAAUAUGUGUUUUGUUAGAAAAGGGCAUCAAAGUGGUUCUAGUGACCCUGGGUUCAAAUGGGGUAUUUUUAUGCAGUAAGGGAGGGCCAAACUGCAUUAAAAUCCCUGUAGAGAAAACUCGUCAGCAUGGUUUUGGUGGAGAAUUGUAUAGGACUGUUAUGCAAAGGUUUCCACCUAGUUCUUAUUCUUUUUCAGAACAUGGUAGAAGUUCUCGUCUCUUUGCAUUGCAUUUGCCCUCAGUUCCUGCAUCAGUUGUGAGGCUUACUGGAGCUGGUGAUUGUUUAGUUGGCGGAACUCUCACAUCAAUUUCUGCAGGGUUAGAUAUUAUACAAAGCGUGUCUGUUGGCAUUGCUGUGGCUAAAGCUGCUGUUGAGGCUGAGGCCAAUGUCCCUUCUGCUUUCAGCUUAGCUACCAUUGCUGAUGAUGCUAAAUAUGUAUACUCUAGUGCCAAAGUGCUAUUCCACCAAUCAAUGUUGUGAAUUUUGAAUAGGCGUGGGCGAUGAAUUCUUGGAGCAAAUGAAACAACUAUACUCUUUGGCCCAAAGAAGAGAUUUGGCUCAUCUUAUCAAGGUGCUUUUGCCAUUGAUAUGAAUUGAUCUUAUGGAAGUUCUACAAAGUUUACACAUUCAUAUGCGAACCUUUUUCUUUUUAAUAUUCGAUUAUUAGGUGUGAAAUCCCCAGCGAUGAACCAAACUGUUAUACACUGCGUAUGGGCAUUUACAAAACAUCAAUGACGAUUUGUGUUUUUAUAAUUAAA